GUAAUUCUUAAAGCAAUGUAUGUUCAAGUAUGUUUCUUUCCCUCUCUCUUUGCUACAGAAAUCAUUUUUCUCCUUGAGCUAUGUAUCUUGACUGCAAGCAAAAAAAAAAAAAAAAGCUAUUUAUUUAUUGCAGUUUUGAAACCAGAUAACAAGAAGCUUGUUUCCUGAUACCCACUGGAAAAACUGUGGGACUCGAGAACAGUCCUUCCCGCCCCUGAAAGUCGAUCCCCUCUGGUCCUCUGAUGAGCAAUCCCUUUUGGAGGCUCAUUUAAGACCAGAAGAGCAACAGGUCCUGUCACGGAGGGACGCUGUGGCAGGAGGAGCCGCAUUAUUGGUGGAAAGGCAGAGGAGGCUGGCUGCUCGCUGGGAACAGCUAUCCAGCUGUACUGAUGCAAGUCAUCCACCUUUCCCAAACUUUAACCUCCUACCUCUGAAGUCUUGUGAACAUGAAUUGCCACACCCAUGCUUUGCCAAGAUGACCCAAAUGCAGAUGAGAGGCUGACCAAAACACUUUCAAACUGUGCAUAUUCGAUGUUAUUUUGAAACUGGGACAAGACCUAAUCCUCCCAGAGGAAGAAACCCAUACCUUUUGAAGAUAUAUACUGAAAUACAUUCAAAAUAAAUCUGGGAGGAGCAUCAACAAGAAGAGAAGGCAGUAAGGCACAGCUAAAACAAGAGUGGGGAUUUUCUCUUUUUCAUUCUGCCUUGAGGGUUUUGAAGGAGGAAUGUGGCAUGUGCAGCUUCACAAGACCGUCCCCAAGAGCCACCUGCAUUUCUGCAUUAAGCCUCUGUUAUGCAACUUUUGUUUGUCUGGAUUCUCAUAAUGCCUGGUCCACUGAGAGCACCCCUUCGUGUUUUUCAAUAUUAAGCCCCUUAGUCACAGGAGCCACGUUUCCAGGGCGCAGUAGCCACACAGAGCCCCUGGCUGCCAUAUUGAACCGGGUGUAGACAGAGAACGUUUCCAACGCUUAAGGAAGUUCUAUUGGACGGUGCUGCUCUAGAGAAUCAGAAGAAAACGCCGCCACUCCUGGGAAAGACCAAAACUUCCCGAAAAGGGUUACAACAAGUGUCGAUUAUAAUGGCAAAAAGAUAAGUUUUCUUCUCUAUCCCUUGGCUAUUUCCAUUCCUGCGUCUUAUUUUCCCUUCAGCCCCUAGAAAAUCUGUCUUCUCCUUUCCUUACUCUCUCUCCCUAGCUUCUCACAUUUUUUCCUACCCAUUUCUCACUCCCUUCUCUAUUUUCUCUAAUAACAACUCUGCAGUCCACAGUUAAUGACUGCAGCAUUUAUUGAGGUUUAUAUUCUUUUAUAUUUCUCAACGUUAAAAUUUAAGAAGCCUAAUCUUUCUGUUUCCAAAAAAAUACAAUAUUUAGAGGGAGGUUUUUUGUUGUUGUUUUAGGUGUAUAUGACCUUCUGUGUAUUUUCCUUCCCGAGAUCAUUAUCCUUCCUUAGAGUUUCUCACCUUUAGAAUCCGGGGUGGAAAAGAAGCAAUUCUCGUUCCAGCCUCUGGGGUUUCCCUCUGGGAGGAAGGGCUCCGUCCUGUGGGCCGCUACGCCGGCGCGGCACUUCGAGGCACCUCUCGUUCCGCUGACCUUCUACUGUCACCUAGCGGAGAGAAGAAGCAAGAGCUCCUCCGCGAGUUUGGUCGUUACCAAGCGACAGAGGCGGUGCGCUGCCUGGCCUAAAGAGGAGGGCGCACACUAAAAGCUGUUGGAAAGCUGUAACAACGCCGCUUUCUAUUGGCUGGAGAGCUCUCAGCCAUCGCCUUGAGCCAAUGAGCAGAUGCAUGCGGAUGACGUCAGACGAGAUGCGACUCCUCCCAUCCACCCUCUCGCGAAGCGCCUGGCGACCGCUGAAACCGGCUUUGAACUCGUGGGGGUCUUGACUUCCCCGUGUUUAUCUCGCCCCAUGUGCACCUCGCAGCUCGCGCUACUGCAGGUGUUCUUCCUGAUGGUCCCCGAGGGCAUCUGGCCUCAGCCCUCUUUCUCCCUGUCAGGGGAUGUGCCCACCCCUUCGGACGUGGGGCCAGGGUCGCCGGGCGGGACCCUUCAGUCGUCCUCGGAGGGGUCUGAAACUCCCUGGCCUGUGUCUGGGAUCUCUACGGUGGACCCUACGGUCGUGACCCCCUCUGCACCUGGGAAUGGGACCGUAGACCUCUUCCCAGUCUUACCGAUCUGUGUCUGUGACUUGACCCCUGGUACCUGCGACAUAAAUUGCUGCUGCGACAAGGACUGCUAUCUUCUCCAUCCGAGGACGGUUUUCUCCUUCUGCCUUCCAGGCAGCGUGAGGUCUUCAAGUUGGAUGUGCGUGGACAACUCUCUUAUCUUCAGGAGUAAUUCCCCAUUUCCUUCAAGAGUUUUCAUGGAUUCAAGUGGAAUUAGGCAGUUUUGUGUCCAUGUGAACAACUCAAAAUUAAACUAUUUCCAGAAGCUCCAAAAGGUCAACGCAACCCACUUCGAGGCCCUGGCUACAGAGUUUGGAAGUGGAUCAUUCACUUCAACAUUCCAAACCAAGUUGCCACCACCUCAUUACAGGGCUGGGGACCCCAUUUUGACUUACUUCCCCAAGUGGUCUGUAAUCAGCUUGCUGAGGCAGCCUGCAGGAGUUGGAGCUGGGGGGCUCUGUGCUGAGAGCAAUCCUGCAGGUUUCCUGGAGAGUAAAAGUACAACCUGUGCUCGUUUCUUCAAGAACCUGACAAGUAGCUGCACCUUGGAUCCAGCCCUCAAUGCUGCCUCUUACUAUAACUUCUCAGUCUUGAAGGUUCCAAAAGGUAUGACUGAUCUGCAGAAUAUGAAGUUCCAGGUUCCUGUAACCCUUAUCUCACAAGCUCGUUCUCCUCUCUUGUCUGGAAACACUUGUCAGAAUGUGGUUUCCCAGGUCAUCUAUGAGAUAGAGACCAAUGGGACUUUUGGAAUCCAGAAAGUCUCUGUCAGUUUUGGACAAACCAACCUGACUGUCGAGCCAGGCACUUCCUUCCAACAACACUUUCUCAUUCGCUUCAGGGCUUUUCAACAGAGGACAGCUGCUUCUCUUACUGGUCCUAGAAGUGGGAAUCCUGGCUAUAUUGUUGGGAAGCCACUUUUGGCCCUAACUGGCGAUAUAAGUCACUCUAUGACCCUCUUACAGAGCCAGGGUGAUGGAAUUUGCUCUGUUAAGAGAUAUGAAGUACAAUUUGGAGUGAAUGCAGUAUCUGGAUGCAAGCUCAGGCUGAAAAAGGUGGACUGCAGCCACUUACAGCAGGAGAUUUAUGAGACUCUUCAUGGAAAGACCAGCCCAGAACAUGUUGCCAUCUUUGGUAAUGCUGUCCCAGCCCAGAAGAGAGAGUGGACAAGGAUUCUCAGCAGGAACUGCAGUGUUUCAGCUAUGCAUUGUGUCAUACCAGUUUCCCUGGAGAUCCAGGUAUUGUGGGCAUAUAUAGGCCUCCAGUCCAACCCACAAGCUCAUGUGUCAGGAGCCCGGUUCCUAUACCAGUGCCAGUCCAUAAAGAAUUCCCAAAAAGUAACAGAAAUACCUUUGACAACUGUUGUGACCUUUGUGGACAUUACCCAGAAGCCAGAUCCUCCAAGGGGCCAACACAGAAUAGACUGGAAACUGCCAUUCGACUUCUUUUUUCCCUUCAAAGUGGCAUUCAGCAGAGGAGCAGACUCUCAGAAAGGCUCAGCUUCUCCCAUCCUUAUCCUGUGUCUCUUAGUACUUGGAGUUCUCAAGCUAGAAACCAAGUGAAACAAGAAGAAUCAGAUUUUAAUUUUCCCUAUGGGAAGUUCUGAGACAGCCUACUUAUCUUGGCUAAGUAGGUCCAUACCUGCUCGUGACCAGAGGAGAGUAUUUUAAGAUAACAGAGGACCUAACUGAAGGAAUGGUUGUAUGUGAAAGAAGGGAUUUUUCGAAAGCAAUAAAAAUAGCUUCUUUGUCAUGGCUCUCUGCUUAGGACUCUGCAGACCACCAAGUACACAUUAGGUUCUUCUCAAGCUAGGAAGAACACAAAGAGCCCUUCCUGCAGCCCUUCAGGUGGUGUUAUGCCUCACUAAAGUUUUGCAAGAUCUUCAUCCAUCUGCUCACAGGCACAGUUAGACCCAGCAUAGAAAGGAACAUGUUCUUGCUGUCCUCUGGAUGAACUUGGGAAUAGAUGCCCUCUGGACUUAAGAGGAGCUGACUGUUGGGAACAGAAAACUGCUGGCUAAGGAUUUCAUCUGGCUUCUCUCCACUCCCUUGGGCCACACUCUGCUGGAGCAUGAGUGAGGAGAGCAGUUCUUUCUAGUCAGUUUCCAAAAUGAAUGUGGAAUCCCAGCCCCCCCUUUUUACUAGCAAAUGAUCCUACCAGUCAUUUCUGUAUUUUUCCUCCCUUCCAUUGUGGUGAGAGAAAUAAAACUGAUUGAGAGCUUUGUUGUACUAAUUCCAGCAACCAACA